AUGGCCCCAUGUGAGCCCAUGGCUUGUCAGGUGAGCGACUGGUCCGCGUGGGGUACAUGCUCUGCGUCAAACAUCCGUCAACGCACUCGCACAGUCCAAACACCUGCCAAAUACGGCGGGUCCGAGUGCCCACCACUCGUAGAUCAACAGAAUUGCAAUCCAACUGACUGUCAAGUGAGUCCUUGGGGUCCCUACGAGCUUCGUGGCGCCACGAAAUGUCGACGAAGAACCAUUUUGCGCGACGCUGACGGGGGAAAAGCAUGUCCACCUUUGGAAGAGACAGUACCUGUGAAGAAAGUGAACUGUGUUGUUGGCCAGUGGGGGCCUUAUUCAGCUUGUAAUCCGACAACAAAACAACGUUCACGCACUCGUAUCGUGCUGACAAGUCCGCAAGACGGUGGCACAGCAUGUCCCGCUUUAAUUGAAGCCGUAGCGUGUGCUCCUGUCCCGUGCCAAGUCAGUAAUUGGGGCACUUGGAGCGAAUGCUCGCUCGUCACUGGAAAGCGAACUCGUCAACGUACUGUAACUACUCCGUGUGCCUUUGGAGGAGCAGAAUGUCCCAGCCUCGUACAAGAAGAAGUUUGCAAGCCGGUGGACUGCAAGGUAAGUGAAUGGACGUCCUGGAGCGGCUGCAAUGCAAAGAAGCGUACUCGCCGACGUUCCAUCAUUACACCAGCCAGAUAUGGAGGUGCCGUAUGUCCAAGUCUUGAAGAAGUCACAGUCUGCGAGCCAACUGACUGCGUCGUCAGCUCUUGGUCACCAUUUACGUCUUGUGCCAACGGAGGCAACGGUGGAGGCAAUGGAAAAGAGCGUAGAUUUCGUACCGUGCUGCAGCAGCCUGACGGUGGCGCUGCAUGUCCGCCACUUAUGGAAGAGCGUAAGGUGCCAAAAGUGGACUGUAUAGUGUCUAACUGGGGUGAUUGGGGUACGUGUGAUCCUGAUCGACUGGUUCGCGUACACAACCGGACAGUUCUCACGCUGCCACAAAAUGGAGGCAAGUCUUGUCCAGCUUUGCAGGGCUCAUCGGCUUGCUGCCCGAAGCGAGUGGAUUGCAAAGUUAGCGAAUGGUCUGACUACUCAAUAUGCGACCCAGCGUCCAACACGCAACGACGCACUCGUAAUAUAACACAAGCCGCGGGUCCAAACGGAAAAAUGUGUCCGGAUCUACAGCAGACUCGCAGCUGUCGACCUAGCGUUGACUGCCAAGUUGGAGAUUGGAGUCCCUGGGGAAGUUGCUCCAGUCGUACAUUCCUGCGUACCCGCAAGCGUCAAGUGACAGUUCCACGGUACGGUAAAGGCGCAGCGUGUCCACCCUUAAAAGAAACGCAAAGCUGCACGCCUGUCGACUGUCAGGUAGACGACUGGAGUGCAUGGAGCACGUGCGACUCAAGUAUUGGCAAGAAAACCCGAACACGUUCUGUAGUGAUAGCUCAAGAUGGUGGACGCAAGUGCCCGAAUCUGAUCGAAACAAAACCUUGUACAGUGAGUGUGGACUGUCAAGUGUCGUGCUGGGGCGACUACGGCCCGUGUGAUGAGACCACGUGGACAAGAACAAGAAGUCGAUCUAUCGUCGUUACGCCCAAGGGCAACGGUAGGGCGUGCCCUGCACUGUCUUCGGUAGACGCGUGUCCUCCACGCGAUUGUAAAGUUAGUGGAUGGUCUGUCUUCGGUAAUUGUGACGCAAGUGGGAACCGCAGACGCACGCGUACCGUCGUAACCACACCGCGUGGUGGAGGAAAAGCAUGCCCUUCUCUUGAAGAGACCAAGAAAUGCGCUGCAGUGAAUUGUGGUUUGUCUGCAUGGGGGCCAUAUGGCGACUGUGACCCCGUUACUGGUCUUCAAGCAAGAAAUCGGACAAUUCGCGUACAGGCCGCAAACGGUGGCACAGCUUGCCCUCCGCUCGUACAGACGCGCAGUUGUCAAAAGUGUGUCGUGACCGAUUGGAGCGACUGGUCUCUCUGUACGGCCGAUACAGCUACGCGCUCUCGCACGCGUAGCAUCAUUCAACAACCGCCUCCUCCAUCAACUUGUGGCAACUUGGAUGACGACGCUCUUUUUUCCACUUUGUUGUGUCCUCCUUUGAAAGAAGAAGAGCCGUGUGAAGCCAUCAACUGCACCGUAAGCGACUGGAGCGACUGGAAUGCAUGCAACCCCGACACAAACGUCCAGACGCGCAAUCGAACAAUCAUACAGCCAGCUGUGCGUGGAGGUGCUUCAUGUCCCGACCUGAUAGACACCCUGGUAUGUCCUCCGGUGGAUUGUUCUGUCGGAAACUGGUCUGAAUGGUCGAUCUGUAGCUUAACGGACGUCACGUCGACGCGAACUCGAGACGUACUGGUGCCUGCGGCGUUUGGCGGGGUUGAGUGCCCAUGGCUAGCCGAAUACGUGGAAUGUCCUGCAAUUGACUGCGUUCUUUCAGACUGGACCGAAUGGACCGAGUGUACAGACUACACACCGACACAAACUCGAGAGCGAUCGGUCACUCAGGAUGCAGUCCGUGGUGGUGCAGCAUGUGACUUACUAACACAAACUCGUACAUGUCCUCCUGUCAAUUGCGAGGUGGGUACUUGGAGCUCGUGGCAAGCCUGUGAUUCUAACACCGGUACAAAGUCCCGCUCGCGUCUGAUGACGCGUGCGCCGCAGCGAAACGGCACAGCUUGUGACGCUCUCGAAGACAUUGCACCUUGUGAUCCAGUAGACUGUGCAGUUGAGAAAGACUGGGGAGACUGGAGCGCAUGUGACCACACAUGUGGUAAGCGUUACAAGCGACGGUCAGUAGUGCAACAGCCACUUUACGGUGGUGCGGAAUGCCCAGCGCUUGUAUCGGAAGCUCCGUGUGAGCCCGUUAAUUGUGUAGUGUCCGCUUGGAGUGACUGGUCCGACUGUGACGCCGUUACCGGCAUGCGAACACAGACUCGAACGGUUAGUCAAGAGUCAUUGUACGGCGGUUUGGCUUGUCCGGCCUUAAUCCAGGAGAAGAAAUGCGAUCCUGUUUCCUGUACUGUGAGUGAGUGGUCGGAAUGGACUUCUUGUGAUAGCGACGAUCCUCAGCAGCACCGUAGUCGUAACAUCACCCAGGUGCCACUCUAUGACGGUACGCCAUGUCCCGAUCUCAGUCAGGACGUAACCUGUUCCCCAAUAAAUUGUGAAGUGGGGCCAUGGAGCGACUACGGCCUCUGUGAUCCAAGUACGGGUCUGCGCACACGCACACGUUCGGCCACACAAGUAUCGCGACACGGUGGUGCGGGGUGUCCAGUUUUAAGUGAUACAAUCGCUUGUGAUCCAGUGGACUGUAAGGUUGGGGAGUGGAGCGAUUAUGGCGCUUGUGAUGCUGUGACUUUCAAAAAGGUGAAGUCUCGCUCAAUCACUACAGAGCCGUUGUACGGUGGCGCGGCCUGUCCGGAUCUCACAAAUGAUCUGUUGUGCGAUCCUGUUCACUGCGUUGUAAGUCCGUGGGAACCAUGGGAGGACUGUGACGCUGCGACACAAACUAAGACGCACAGGCGCACGAUCACGACACAGCCAAAGUAUGGAGGCACUGUAUGUCCAGUUUUGCAAGAGUCUGCAACUUGUGACCCGGUGAACUGCGUCAUGAGCCCCUGGUCGAAUUGGAGUGUAUGCAAACCUGACGGCAGCGACAAGAAUUCCGUCCGCUCUCGCUCAGUGGUACAACCAGCGCUUUACGGCGGUAUAGCAUGUGGAGCCACACGCGAAGAAGUACCGUGCGAAGCGAUAAAUUGCAUUGUAAGCGAUUGGGGUCCCUGGUCGUCCUGUGAUGCAAGUUGUGGCAAGAAGACUCGCAAACGCACCGUCUCUCAGCGUGCACAAUACGGUGGAGCCGCCUGUCCGGCCCUCGAAGAAAUUGUGAGCUGUGAUCCCGUAGACUGUGUUGUGGGAGAAUGGGACGCGACCUGGUCAACAUGCAAUCCGGAUUCCGGACUUCGCAAGCUGACGCGUCCCGUGCUUCAGCCUCCACUAUACGGAGGAAGAGGUUGUCCUGAGACUGUCCAGACCAAGAGAUGUGAUCCAGUUGACUGUAUAGUUAAUGAGUGGGGAGAGUGGGGAGCUUGUGACGCUGUCACGGGCACGAAAUCGCGUGUUAGAGCGGUUAAACAAGGCGAUCUGUAUGGUGGGUGUAAGUGCCCGGACCUCAUUCAAACUGCUCCCUGUGACCCAGUGCCGUGUGCACUUGGACCCUUCACUGAAUGGACCACCUGUACAGAUGCGGACGCUACGACUAGCCGAACGCGAGAGAUAACUCAGAUUGCGCUUUAUGGUGGCACGGCCUGUCCACCACAAACGGAGACUGCGGCAUGUCCUCCAGUCGAUUGUGCACUUGACUCGUGGGGGGCGUGGAGUGACUACGAUCCUGUCACGGGUGUCCGUACGCGAGUCCGGAAGAUUCUACAGCCAGCUGUUCGUGGCGGCGUUGCUUGUGACGUUACAACAGAGUAUGAGACUGCAACGCCUGUCAACUGCCAAGUCGGCAAUUGGAGUGAAUAUGGGCCAUGCAAUGACGUCGCGGGGGUCAAAACGCGAUCUCGAUUGAUAACCGUAGCUCCACUGUACGGUGGUCUCCCGUGUCCUGCACUUCUUCAAAAUGCCACAUGCGAUCCAGUGAACUGUAUUGUGAGCGAUUGGAGCGUCUGGGGAACAUGUGACUCAAGAACUGGUAUCAAGUCUCGUCGUCGGGACAUUUUACAACAAGACAAGUACGGUGGCACAACAUGUCCUGACACAACUGACUCUGCGCCUUGCGACCGUGUUGAUUGUGUUAUGAACGAUUACGGCCCUUGGUCAGCUUGUGAUCCAGUUUCUGGAAGCAAAACCAGGACACGAACGGUCAUGGUUAUGCCACUUUACGGUGGUAGUGCGUGUCCAAGCACAACGGAGCAAGGUUUCUGUGACCCUAUCGAUUGCAAAUUAAGUGAAUGGAGCAGCUUUGGUGCCUGCAACAUGUCAACUGGAUUGAAGACGCGUACACGUACUGUAUCUACUAGUCCAUUGUACGGUGGUACAGCUUGUGCACCUCUUAGUGACACUGCGCCGUGCGACCCGAUCAAUUGCCAAGUUGGUACAUGGAGCUCUUGGUCAUCGUGUAACCCAACUACUCUAUUGUCAACACAUUCUCGAAAGGUUAUAGUCGAGCCAAUGUUUGGCGGUAUGGAGUGUCCUUGUUUGACAGAAUCAUCGGCUUGCAAAAUACCAAAGACAGUCGCUUGUACCGUGAGCACAUGGUCGGACUGGUCCAAGUGUGCUAGCAAGACUGGAACACGCUCGCGCACGCGCAAGGUCGUAACGGCAGCAGUGAAUGGUGGUACAGCUUGUCCACCAUUGUCCGAAACAGCUUCGUGUGUUGGAUUAACAUGUACGAUGGGGCCGUGGUCGAGUUGGACAACUGGAUGCGACAACUACGGCUUGCAAACACGGACACGGUGCUUGAUAGACGAUCCGUUUAGAGCUGGUGUCUCGACUUGUCCUGCUGUACUAGAGACGCGAGAGUGUGUCUACAGCAACUCGACUAAUGACUAUAUACCACCCUCAACUGAGUACAUGCUGGAGGCACAGGCGUUCGAAACGAAAGCUUUGUAUGCGUAA